AAGAAGAAAAUAAUGCAAAAACAAGUAAAAUCUAAAACAAAAACAAAGUAACACUUUCUUUAUUUAAAAAUGGCGCCUAUAAAUUAUGAGUGCAUAUUAAAAUAAUGGUGCUGCUGAUGUUAACGAUGGAAUGUGUGUGUGAGAAGCAUUGUUGACGACAUUAACACACCCACGCCCGCGUUUUUUGUCGUGCUUUUUUGCUAUAACCUCAUUAAGACGUGAUCGCCUUUCUUUGCGCUCUUUUAAAUAUUAAUUUUUAAUGACAUUUUGUAUUUGUUUUAAACUUCUUUUUUGCUGGUAAAUAAAAUGCUACACAUAUCCUGCUUUACCAUUCCCGCAAGUUUUGUUUGCUAACGUUUUUUUUCCUUAAUCAAUGCAAGUUUUCCUUUCUCUGUUGGCCUUUCCUCAAGUUAUUUCUCUCUGUGUUUUUGUAUACAGACAUGUUGAAGCAUUAAUACACAUUAAUAUAUAAAAUACCGUUAUUGCAUUAAUUUACAUUUACGGCAUUUCUUCUGUCAUAAUUCAAAUAUUUGCAUUUCAAAAUUGACAUUGUCGUUACGUGGUUGAAAUUAACGGAUUACUUACGUUCGCACGGAUUAUUUGCAAAAGUUUUAAUUUACUUUAAUAUCUGCAGAUACAUAAGCUUUAUAUACGAGGAGUCCUCGUGGCAUGCAACCCUGCAGUCCAACGGGCGUUUUAGCUGUAACCAUGCCUCCUUCAAAAAGUCCCACCAUGGAAUGUGCUGCUGGUCAAAAAUCACCAGAACCCAAUUCGGCAACUUCAUCAUCAGCAACAACUACACCGUUAAGUACCCGCAAUUGUCCCUUGAAAUUUUCCAUAGCAAAAAUUAUGGAACCCGAUCAACGUUCGCAUUCAUCUCAAGCUCUACAACAGGACUCUGAAAGAUCUUGCAGUCCUAUUGAGGUGACCAGUGAUGAUUGUGAAGUUAUUAUUACCACUCCCGCUAAUGCUGCUGAUAAUUAUGAUUCGGCUUUUAAGAAAUAUGUACCCUCGGCCAGUAUGGCUGCAAAUGCUUCCUCUUCAACUGCGGCUGUACAACAGUUUGUUUCUACACGCCAUCAGGAAUUGUUGAGCCAAUAUCCUUUGCUGUACUAUGCAGCUCCCAAUCAAUUAAUGUGUGCUGCUGCUGCCGCCCAAUAUGCUGCUUUGACCGCUGCCCAACAGCAAAAUCUAUUGGCUAGUAGCUCGGCUACUGCCGCUCAUUUGAGUUCAUUUACCGCUUCUCUCAAUACUUUGCAUAGUCAAACUUUGAGAAGACAGCUUUCUCAACCCACCACUAGUCAUCAUUUAGCUGCUGCUGCCGCAGCUGCAGCAGCUGCCCAGGCUGCUCAUCAUCAGGCUUUAGCGGCCGCUCAUCCCCAAUUACCCCAGACUUUGGAGAAAUCACCUGUAAGCCACAAAUCCAGGGAAUCCUCUCAGACUCCUUCCACUCCUUAUCACUCCAACAAACGCAAACAUUCUCCUGCCUCUAGUCACAAUAACACCUCUUCAUCGAUCAGUGAUCCCUGCUCGCCUCCAGAACCUCAACGUGUUCGUGCCGAUUCCCCCAGUUCUUUGGAUGAUAGUCCCAAUUCAGCUAAUGGUGGCAAACAGAAGACAUUUUCCUGCCUAGAAUGUGGAAAAGUGUUUAAUGCUCACUACAAUCUAACCAGACACAUGCCCGUACAUACCGGAGCUCGACCCUUUGUAUGCAAAGUCUGUGGCAAAGGUUUUAGACAAGCAUCUACACUCUGUCGUCAUAAAAUCAUACACACCUCCGAAAAACCCCAUAAAUGUCAGACCUGUGGUAAAGCUUUUAAUCGCUCCUCUACCCUCAAUACCCACACACGUAUUCAUGCCGGCUAUAAGCCAUUUGUUUGCGAAUUCUGUGGCAAAGGUUUCCAUCAGAAGGGCAACUACAAGAAUCAUAAACUCACCCAUAGUGGGGAAAAAGCCUACAAGUGUAACAUUUGCAAUAAGGCCUUUCAUCAAGUUUACAAUUUAACCUUCCACAUGCACACCCACAAUGACAAGAAACCCUAUACCUGCCGCGUCUGUCACAAAGGAUUCUGUCGCAAUUUCGAUCUAAAGAAACAUAUGCGUAAAUUGCAUGAUAUUGGUGGCAAUUUGCAGUUGGAUGAUGAAAGCACCAAUGAUCGUUUGGAAAGACGUAGAGAAUACACUAGAAGAGAAGCCUCCAUAGAAUUUCACAACAGUCAAUUGAAUUCUAAUUCAUCGGAUGGCUCAAUGUCACCGCCCAUCAAUGUAACUACACCACCAUUGUCCAGCAAUGAAGGCAGUAGUUCAGCUUGGCAUACUUCCUCUCAAUAUACAACGAAUUCGCUUAAUUAUCCACCCACAGCAGCGAAUUUAAACCAACCCGCGGUUACUAACUUUAGAACUGCCACGGAUUAUGGCGGUAGUUCGGCAUUCAUAAACUUUGCCCAAAAUUCAGCAACAGCACAUGCUGCCGCUUCAGCGCCCCAUCUUAAUAGCAAUCACAGUCAGCAUCUAACACAAGCCAAUCAUCAGCGUUUAUCAGCCGCUGCAGCAGCCGUUACCGCCAUGGACAAUGUUCCCUUCAUUGCCAAAGUAUUUUGACAUAGAUACUAUGCAGAUUCAUUGGCUACCACGGUCCACAGUCGUCUCUCACCUACUUUUGGGGGUACGACCAGCGGUUCAGCUCACCACAAUACUUCGAAGAG